UUAUAUUUCGCCAAUUUUUAUUAUGUAUGUUAAAAUAGAACUCCAGAUACUUGCUAGUAAAAGCGAUGUUGCCAAGCUUAAUAUCACGAUUUGUAUCGAAAGAAAUAGCCUAUGUCUAUCAUAAAAUAACUUCAUAGAAAGAUGAAAAGAAACUUCAAUAUGAUAAAAUACAAAACAUAUAACAUAGAAUUGUUUUAUUAAACAAAAUUAAUAUUUUAAAAAUUAACAAUGAAUAAUAUUUCUGGACAAUUCCGUAAAACAAUAUGGGAUCCAUUUCUUAUUAUAUCUCAAAUAAUUGCUAUUCAAACAGUGAUGUAUUUUUGUCUUGGAUUAUGGAUUUGGAUUGUUGCAUCAUAUAUAGGAUCCACAAAAUCAUUAGAUUAUGUUUUCCAUUAUAAAGAAAUCCAUGUUAGAGAUUUUGCUGGUCAGUUUAUUAUAAUUAUUUUUAUUUUAAAUGCAUUGAUUGGAGCAAUUGCAUUAUGGUGGCUAGUACAGAGAACAAAACAAUGUAUGGACUUUGCAUGUACAGCACAUUUAAUACAUUUGUUAUGCUGUUGGGUAUAUAAUGCAAGUUUUCCAUCAACUUUUAGUUGGUGGUGCUUAAAUAUUAUAUCUUUAAGUAUAAUGUGUGUCUGUGGUGAAUUCCUCUGUAUGAAAACCGAAUUGCAAGCAAUACCACUAAGUAUGAACAGUCAGAAAACAGCUUUGUAAAAAUUUAUUACCAAAGUCAAAUAUAUAGAAAAUAUUAUUAUUGUUCCACAAAUUAAAAAGUUUAAAAUAUAUAAAUAAAAGAGAUCUUGUACUAUGUACAUAUUUCUAACAUUUAUUACUAUAAAUAUACAUAAAAUAAAUUCGUAAUUUACAAU